AGCCCGAUGCGAAAAUGCUUGAAGCCUCCAAGAAUCUGGGUGCACCGCUGAGGCGCUGACCACCACGCACCACCUCACCAGAUCUUUCUUCCUGUUGCUUCCUCGGCUGGUUUCCUUCUCUCGCCGCGUCGCCUGCUUCUUCCCCCAACCAAAGACACGAAUCAGCCAUGGCGCUCGCCUCCGCCACGUCCCGCCCCCUCCUCGGUCGCCCCGCCGGCACCGCGCGGCCCCACCUCGCCGUUUCCUCAUCCUCCCCCGCCUCCUCGAUCCGCUUCCCCCGCGGCGCCGACGGCGGCGCCAGCAGAGCGGCCGUCUCUCUCCGCGCCCCCACGCCUCCAGCGGCGGCAACAGCAACAUCUGGUAGCAUUGCUCCAGCAAUUUCAUUGACUGAAAAGGCCUUGAAACAUCUGAACCAAAUGAGAGCUGAACGGAAUGAAGUUUUGUGCUUGAGAAUUGGAGUGAAACAGGGUGGAUGCUCAGGCAUGUCUUACACCAUGGAAUUUGAAAAUCGAGAGAAUGCCAGCCCUGAUGAUUCUGUUGUAGAGUAUGAUGGUUUUGCAAUAGUCUGUGACCCCAAAAGCCUUCUUUUCAUGUUUGGAAUGGAGCUGGACUACAGCGACGCCCUCAUUGGUGGCGGCUUCUUGUUCCAGAAUCCAAACGCAACAAAAACCUGUGGGUGCGGCAAAUCUUUCGCGACUGGAAAGGAGACCGAGGCCGCGGCAACCACUUGCAACAACUAGAGUAGAGAAAUAUUGUUAGCUAAACGUGAUGUGGCAUGUUGUAUAGCUUGCUCAUGUUGAAGCCCUGUGGCUACACCACAGAUACAUAAAGAGGCAUAGUUCAAAGGAAUUACACCAUUACCAAUGGCCUAAUUCAGAUUUUCUUGUUUGGUGAUCA